GAUUUAAAAUAACUAAAUCUUAUUGGUGAACCCAAAAAUAAUUUUUAAAAAUCCAUUAUUCCUCCUAAUUAUUUGGUCACUAUUCAUAGCCUGGAUUUAAAUGUUUAGGAACCGGAUGAUCCGGAACAGAAAGAAACCAGUCCAAACCUGACCCGAGGACUGGAAUAUCAAGGCUUUAGGGGUUUGUUUAGGCCUUAUGGGCCCAUAUUGGCUGGGCUCUGUUCCAACUUCCAAUUAAUUCUUGAAUAAUUAAUAGACUCGAAUGGUCUAUUUCAACAAUUCGAGUUCUUUUAUAUUUUGUACAUACAUUAUGGGAUUCCCUGGUGGUACAACUCUCUGCAAAUAUAUCCGCUCUUAUUCAGAGAUGACGUUACAAAAUAAAUGCUUUACGACUAUGACCACUUAAGCUGACCAUGACUACUUGAUCGGUUAAGGGCAUUUUGGUAAUUGUCAAGUCUCACUCUCUGUGAAGCCAAAAGCUCCUGUCACAGUACAAGACGUAUCAGAUGAUGAUGAUGAUGAUGAUGAUGAACCAGCUGGUGAUGAUGAUUAUGAUCAGAACAUGAUCAUUUCUCUUUCUUUGGGAAGCAGCGACGAAGAGUACGAUGCUGAUAAAACGGUCGGUGAAGUUAACAAAGCUCAUAGAACUUUAGAGAAAGGUAACACAGCCUAUCUUUGUUAACGUUUUAAAAAACGUAUUUAAUUCUAAAAUAUUGAACUGAGUAUUAUUCUUUUAUCAGGAAGCUCUUCGCAAAGGAUAUGUGCUCAAUCUAUUGAUGAUCCGGAAAUGUAUCUUGAUGAUCCCAAGAACCCUUGCUUUAUUGCAACGUCGUCGCCGUGUAGGAGUAUGUUGGUGAUUGCUAAGCAAGUAAUAAAAGAAUAUGGCUUGAAGUUUGAUGGCACGAUCAAGUUCAUCGAUGGGUUUGGGGAAGUAGAUGGAAAGAUUGGAAACUGGAAAGAUCGUGUUGUCGUUAAACCGUGGCAGGAAAUCUAUCACAGAAACGAUGCAAAGCCAGGAGAUGUGAUCAUAUGUGAGAUUCUACGUGAAGGAGAUGUUGUUCGAUCCAUCAAGCCUCAUUUCGUUAAGAACUAAUGUUUUAUUUAUGCGUCUGAAGACUUUUAAGUUAAGAAUUCGUGUUUAUGUAAUGUUGACCUUCGUCGUUUAUGUAAUAUUUAGGCUGUUAUCCUUUGUUUUCUCAGGAUCUUGUUGAAACUUGGUGUUUGCUUUAGGAUUUUAGUUGUGAUAUUUAAAUCUUGUGUGUGGCAUGUGUACUAUAAAUGAUGGAGUGUGCCUCUUCUACAUUUUAGUAAAAUUACACAUCUAUUAAUCUAAUCUAACCAGAUCGGUGUCAAUCGGUUUAAACUUGAAAGUACUAAAAAACGUAAAACGGCAGUUAGGCAAGUUAAUCUCUCUGCUUAUUUAAAUCAAGGAAGAUACAAUAAGGAAAAUGUCAUGUUCAGUACUAUUACUAUGUUAUUUAUUUAAUAUAUUAAGGUACUAAACAUUCUGACCUCAUCUUAUCUCAACGCAAACAAACAAUUAAGAAUUAACCAUUGAUACGUUAGAUCGUAUAUUCAGACUUAUUUAAUCAAGAAGUAUUGAAUCUGUGAGACUUCUGCUCUGCGUCAUACCUUUUUGUAGUUGUAACAGGUUAGUUAGCUCUAAAGAUAAAGUAAUAAUCUUAACUGGAGAAAUGAAAGGAAAAAAGAUGAUGAGGAAAAGGUCAAAAUGCAAACAUUAAUGGAAUAAGAAUAUAAAUACAUAAUUAAACGACGGAACACAUGCAAUGUGGUUCAUCUU